UCAAGGUUUGUCUCUAGCGCCACCCCUUUCCACUACACCAGUGGGCACAAUGGGAGCGAAAAGGGAGCGAAUCGCCAGAAGCUGCACCAACGACACAACAGCUGAGAAACAACAACAGCAACAGCAACAUCAACAUGUUUCGCGUGCGCAGUGGUUUUGCCCCUCCCCUUUUCAUUCCAUCCCAAUCAGAUACCAAGAAAGGAUGGGUUUUUUCUGGAUGCUCCUAGUAGGUGUUUUGAGCAUCUUGCUCAUCGUGGAGAUAUUAAAGUGGCUUCGCAACUUUUUUACUGCAAGUCAGAGGUCGAGGGGCCCAGACAUUCCAAGCCCGCCUGCCUACCCAAUCCUUCGUCAUAUGCCAUAUUUUCUAGACAACAUUGAUGAUGACAAAAAACUUUUAGCAUGGGCAGAAAGCUUCAAAGAAGAGGGGAUGUUCGUCAUUGAUACGUUGUUAGGGCCUAAAAGAAUCUGUAUUUUCAAAGAAGAUUUUAUCAAGCAGGUUCUUGUAAGAAACUGCACAAAAUAUGGUAGAUCCAAGCUGCUUGCUGGUGUUUUUCCACAAGUCAAGAAAGGAAUUCUUUUGGUGAAUGGCAAAGAACAUGCUUGGCAAAGAAAGAUGUUGAACCCAUCAUUCUCAUUUUCAUCUCUUUUGCCAUUUGUGGAUGUUUUUGAUGCCAAUGCAGACAGUUUAGUACAGUACUGGAAGGAGAAAGCCAAAAGCACACUCUCUGGAGUUGUAGAGGCAGAUAUACAUAGGGAUUUCACCAAACUGACUUUAGACGUUAUUGGGGAGACAGCAUUUGGCUAUAAUUUCAAUACACUUACUACUGGGGAAAACAAGGUCAGCCAAUCUGUGGAGCUUAUCUUGGCAGGAAGAUCAAGUGUGAUGGCCAGACUCAUAAGAAGAAUCAUACCGUUCUAUGACUUGAUUCCUUUCCCAGAAAACACCAAAAUGAAAAAGGCUGCUGAAAUUGUUAAUGGUGUUGUUGCAGAGGUUAUCAAGAAUAAGCGAGAGAAGUUGAGAAAUGGAGGGGAUCCCAACGGUGAGAUUUCUAAAGAUUUGCUUGGUAAAAUGAUUCUAUUACAAGAUAAAGAGACAGGCAAGACACUAUCAGAUGAAGUGAUUGAAGCUCAAGUUCACACCUUCAUGGUUGCUGGACAUGAAACAACAAGUGUCGGACUCACAUGGAUUUUCUAUCUUUUGGCAAAGCAUCCUGCUGUGCAAGAAAAGGCCAGAGGAGAAGCAAAAGCUGUUCUUGGCAGUUCAACAUCUGUUAGAAGUGAAGACCUUGAUAAACUUUCCUACAUAACUGCAGUUAUAAAUGAAUCCCUCCGAAUGUACCCUCCAUUUGCUGUUUUUAUGAGAGAGGCAUUGCAAGAUGAUGUAAUUGGUGGCUACAAAAUCCAAAAAGGUUCAUAUAUUCUCAUCCCUAUCUGUGUUCUCCAUCAUAUGGAGGAGAAUUGGCCAAACCACAAUGAUUUUAGGCCGGAAAGAUUCCUUGAUGCAGGAGAAAAACAGUCUGAAAUUGGUAAUUACACAUUCAUGCCGUUCUCAAAUGGUCCUCGCAACUGCAUCGGGUGGAAGUUUGCAGUUAUGGAAAUGAAAGUUGUUGUUGCAAAACUACUGACCACAUUCAAGUUUGAGCUUGACCCAAGACAGAAAGCAAUUUCUACCAAACUUCGACUAUCAUUAAAGCCCUUUCCAAAACCAAUUUUAAGAAUUUCAGCCAUCGAAGGGUAAGAUUCUUUUCAAGGCAUGCAACAACUGAUUUUCCUUUUGUCAAGAAUAUCAAGAAAACUUAGCAUACAAGACAUCGCAAAUCUUUUUCACAAUUACAAACAAGGCGAAAUCAAGAAUAUCUUAAGUAAUAUUAAUGAAAUGAUAUGACUAUCAAACUUAGUUGCUCACUCACAAUAACAGCAGUAUGAUCGUUACAGAGCAUGUCCCAUUUCCCCCUGACCCCAUUUCUUCCCGUAUAAAUUGAAUUCAUGUAGAACGUUUGUUCGACGAUAAAAGCUUGUAUUUGCGUCUUACCCAAUAGAGUUCUAGAGUGUGACGUCACCAAAAUCAUAUUUUAAGAAUUUUUGAAUUUUAACUACAUAACAUUAGAGAUCUCCAUGAAAUACUCCCAUUUAGAUAUGCAAAAUUUGCCAAAUAUGUCUAAAAUCGGUUCAGAUAUGGCCAAAGAAAGACUUUUAAGUUUCCCAAUGAACCACUGUUAUUUUGGUUCUGUUCAUAGAGUUAUGAACAGAGACCAAAAUACAGAAGUUUGAUGGGGAAAGAGCCAAUACACAUUUGGUCAUAUCUCUGCCAAUUCAUAAGACAAUUGACUAAUUUUCCAUAUUUAGAGGUAUUUCAUGAUGCUCUUUCAUGUUAUUGAAUCCAAGUACAAAAUUUCUAAAAAAAAAGAUUUGUGUGACGUCAUCACUUUAGAACUCUUUGGCAGCGCAGUAUAACAUUCAAAAUCCAAUCUACCCAGCGAAGGAAACAAACAACAUUAUCUGUUUAGUAAAAGAUGGGUGCCUCUACAAUCCAAAUUGUUUUGUAGAAAGAACGCCUAAAGUACAGUAUUUAAAGCAUAAUAACUCUAAACAUUAAACUCUAGAAAUACCAACCAGUCUUAUAGAACGCUUUCAACUUUUCGAGAAGAAAAUGAUAGAAACUUUUUUUCUUCUAGAAACCAAUCUUCAUUCAGGCAACGUCUUGCAAAAAUAUAGCCGGAAUUGAAAAUAUAUGCUAUGAUAUAUGCUAAAAUAACAAUAAAACUUUGCUUUCUGUUCUCAGCCAAAUGAUGGUUGAAGAAAAUCGAUUUUUAAUUAUUGCAGGAGCACUUAAAGAUUUGUGCCAAAUUAAUUGUUUGUUUUAAGUGUAUAUUCAUGACAACUUUACUCUUACAUUGAUAACUCAUCAUUGGAAGUGGUAUUCGAAACAGAAACUCUAUCAGCGAAAGAAUGAAACAGUACCCCUAGGCUCUGUACGAUUUUGUAAUGGAAUCGCCAACGAAAUCAGUAUUAUAUUUUUUGUAAUGGAAUCAGUAUUAUAUUUUUCUCUAACGACAAUAUUUAUUAAAAUACAUUUCAAAUUUGAACAUUGAUGGUAUAUAACGGUAAAAUGCAUUGACGGCACAUUGCAACACAUAUCAAACUUUUUAUGCAUGCAGACAUACAUAUAUUCAUUCAUACUUACUAUGUUUUUCUGUCAUAUGAAAGAAAUUUCUCAGCAAAAUCUUAGUU